UCUUCACAGUUGUGGUGACUGGAGCAGCAGAAGAAGAAGAAGAAAGAAGGGGAUUGGAUGAGAACCGUGAAGCGCAUGCGCCAUGUGAAGGGGUUUUGCGCUGCGCAUCCACGCUGCAGCGGCAGUUUGAGAGGAGGCGGCGACAGAAGCAGGUGAGAGAGAGAAGGAAGGAGAGAGAGAGGGAGAGAGAGAGAGAGAGAGAGGGAGAGAGAAGCAGAGUUUUCUUCUUCACACAGACGCGGAGCUGCUCCGGUUUUUCCUCCGGUUCCUCCUCCUGUUCUUCUCGCCGCCGCGUGCGCGCUCUCUAAAAACAACAAAAAGUCGCAGAUUUUGGAGAAAAGUGCACUUUGCGUAUUUGUGGAGGAAACUUUCCUGGAGCUCGUUCUUUCUUUUAUUUUCAUUUUUUGUCUUUUUUUUUUGAAACGGAGCGAGUGAUUGUGAGUUUGUGCACGUGCACACUCGAGAGUUGUUGGAGUUUUUGCGCAGAAUGGGAGGUAAACUGACGAGUCGUUUGUGGCGAGGAUCUUCAUCAUCAUCUUCAUCAGCAGCAGCGCGUGGAUGUUUGCGCAGGUAAAGAGGAAAAUCCCACGCGCUAUGAGCUGAGUCUGGAUUUAAAAGUUGAUGAUUUUCUUUGUUUUUUUCUUGUUUUUUUUUUAAAUGCACCUCAGCUGUGAAGUUCCGGAGCGGACUCUGGUACCUGGACUCUAAUCCGGAAAUUAAUCCGCUUCCAAUUAGACGUUAAUCCAUUACCUGGUUACAUUUUUGGAAAUCACUUCCACACACACUCACGCUGUCAGUGGACAUUUGUGUGGCUCGUGGACGCAGACGGACUGGGAGCUCGUGCAGCACUUCCACAAACUCCAGGAUAAAAAACAAACAAGAAAAGAGAGAAAAAGGGAAAAGGACUCGCUCGAAUCCUUAAUCCACUUGAUCCGCUGCUGGACUGGGAUUAUUCUCGUCUGUGGAUUACAGCGCGUGAUUCCUGCUCGUCGUCAGUAUGAACCUGGGUCUCUGGUCCUGUGUGCGCCGGCCGCUCUCUUGGCCUCACGGCAGCAUCCUGGAUUCCAGACACUGUGUCUUCGCCCUAACGCUCCUCACACUCCUCAUGCAGGUGGUGGUGGAGGCCAACUCCUGGUGGUCUUUGGCCAUGAACCCUUUACUGAUCCCCGAGGCGUACAUCAUCGGCGCUCAGCCUUUGUGCAGCCAGCUGGUGGGUCUGUCGCAGGGCCAGAAGAAGCUGUGCCAGCUCUACCAGGACCACAUGCAGUACAUCGGUGAAGGCGCCAAGACGGGCAUCCGAGAGUGCCAGUACCAGUUCAGACACCGGCGCUGGAACUGCAGCACGGUCGACAACUCCUCUGUGUUUGGACGCGUCAUGCAGAUAGGAAGUCGGGAAACGGCGUUCACGUACGCCAUCAGCGCCGCGGGGGUGGUGAACGCAGUGAGCCGCGCCUGCAGAGAGGGGGAGCUCUCCAGCUGCGGGUGCAGCCGGGCGGCUCGCCCCAAAGAUCUGCCCCGGGACUGGCUGUGGGGCGGCUGCGGGGACAACCUCAACUACGGAUACAGGUUCUCCAAAGAGUUCGUGGACGCGCGCGAGAGGGAGAAGAGCUACCCGAAGGGCACGUACGAGAGCGCGCGGCAGCAGAUGAAUCUCCACAACAACGAGGCCGGCAGGAGGACGGUGUCAGAUCUCGCCCACGUGUCGUGCAAGUGCCACGGCGUCUCCGGCUCCUGCAGCCUGAAGACCUGCUGGCUGCAGCUGGCCGACUUCCGUAAGGUGGGCGACGCGCUCAAGGAGAAGUACGACAGCGCCGCGUCCAUGAAGCUCAACUCGCGCGGCAAGAUGGUGCAGAUGCACAACAAGUUCAACGCUCCCACGAGCCACGACCUGGUCUACACUGAGUCCAGUCCGGACUACUGCCUGCAGAACCAGAGCACGGGCUCGCUGGGCACGGUGGGCCGCCUCUGCAACAAGACGUCAGAAGGCAUGGAUGGGUGCGAGCUGAUGUGCUGCGGCCGCGGCUACGACCAGUACAAGGCGCAGAUAGUCGAGCGCUGCCACUGCAAGUUCCACUGGUGCUGCUACGUCAAGUGCAAGCGCUGCACCAAAAUCGUGGACCAGUUUGUCUGCAAGUGAGGAGCCGGCGUGUGCCCGUGUGUGUGCUCGCAGACGUGUGUGUGCUCGCAGACGUGUGUGCUCGCAGACGCGUGUGCCCGCGCGUGUGCUCGCAGACGCGUGU